UCUCGCGAUACGUCCGCAGCUCUCGCGUGUGUUAGCAGCUUUAGCUUUAGCUGCAGCUAACGGAGCGACGAACGAGCAACAACUAACAAAUCAGAGAGGGAGAGGAGUUCCCCGUCACUUUGAUCAAGUCUCACUUCACCUGUCCUUGAAGAAUAGACUCUGUUCAGCUUCUCUAUCUUGACUCACCUGCCGAGGCGGCAGCUCCGCUUUGUGCCGUCAUGUCUCAGAAGUCGCUGCUGGACGGUGGUCAGAAGCACUUCGCCGUGGGCCGGGGGCUCCUGGCCGCUGCAGAGACCUUGAACUUCAGCAUGAACGAACAGCGAUCCAGCCGUCAGAUGGGGGGCAUGUCCUCAGGUGUGGGGGGGGGCGGCGGUGGCACGGAGGGCCAGGACGGCAGUGGUCAGAUGCCCCGGCGAGGCGGGGGCAGCAAUCUUGGCAGCACCAUGAAGCUGUUUGCCAGUUUGGGGCUGUCGCCAUCAGACCUGGACGCUCUGGCUGAAAUCCCAGAGGAAGAAAUAAGCGUGGAGUCCCUGCCGCGCAUCCUCAUGCAGCUCAAGAGCCGCAAAGGGGAUGUUGGAGAGCGGCGGGGGGCGUCCUCCAUGUCCUCUGACUCUGUGUACCGAGGAGGCAGGGACAGCUGGGACAAGGUGCAAAUGGGGAGGAUCGGCAGUCCGUCUCUCGGUGGGGGUUCGGCCCGGGCACAGCCCUCUGCAGACUUUGGGUACAGUCCCAUGCAGGACGUCUCCGGCCGGGGCUACGGCUUGAAUUACAGCAGUGGGGGUGUAAGCAGAGAGAGGCCAUAUUCUGAGCUUUCCCACCACGACUCCUACGGUGGACUUGGCAUGGGGCCGCCGGCGUCUGAACCCGUCUUUAUGCAGAGGAGGAUGGGCUCCCCGUCCAACGGAAAAGUCCAAGACUUCUUGGGAGUCGUGCCCCCCAUGUUCCCCCAUGUGUGCUCUCUUUGUGACUUUGACGUUCAUUCCACCAUGGAGUGGAACCAGCAUGUUAACGGACUGCGACAUGCUGAGAACAGACGUGUGCUCCUGGACAUGUAUCCAGAGUGGGACCCUGCCAUGUCAUCAGGCAGAGGGGGGGGUUCUCUGGAGACCCCCAACCUGUCAGCCGGACUACUGGGACCUGCCCCCAUGUCUUCAGCUCGGGCAGCAGGAGGGACGUCCUCCAGCUGGGGAGCAGGAGGAUCUGGUUUGUCAGGAAAGAACCAGCUGGGACAGAACAAGCUGAGGAGCCGAGUGGUGGUGGUGAAAUACGCCAGGAAGCCUCUGAGCAACAAGACUCUGUUUGCCUUCACCGAGCCGUUCGGCUGCCUGAGGGAGCAUCUGGUCCUCAACAACAAGGCGUUCUUAGAGAUGAACAGCCACGAGGAGGCUCAGGACAUGGUGAACUACUACGACCAGCACCCGGCAGCUCUCUACGGGAAACCCCUGACCUUCUACCUGUCCAGGAGGCUCAUGGUCAUCGAGAAGGAAGGUCAGUCUUCGGACACGUUGAUGGACAUGCCCAUCAGGGAGGUCAAAGGUCACGGCAGCCAGGUGGUUUUCUUCUCCAACCUGCCCAGAGAGGAAGAGAAGAAGAAGGAGCUGCUGACCAUCGCUGGACGCUUCGGCAUCGUGGAGAAACACCUGUUUUUAACGGACCAGGCGUUUGUCCAGCUGGGGACGCCGCAGGACGCCGAGAUGCUGGUGAAGUAUUACAGCGUGAACCCGCUCACCAUCAAGGGUCGACCCAUACGCCUCAACAUCUGCGCCAAGUACAAAACACUGAAUGUAAACCGCCGACAGGCGGGGUCUGCCGGAGAGGGGCGGGGCCAGAGGAACGCCUCCUCUGGAUCAAGGACCUCCUCCAACUCCAGAACGUCCUCGUCCAAUGCCAGGACCAGAGAGGAGGAGAAGAAGGAGCAGGAGGAGAACAGAGCCAAGGCUGAGGAGAAACCUGCUGAGGGGGAGGAGGGGGUGUCUGGAGUGAUUGAGGGGGAGGAGCCUGUAAGCGAUGGAGACGAGAAGGCGGAGACAGGGGAGGAGUCUUCAGGAGGUGUUCGGGAGGUCCCUGAUGAUGUCACUGAUGAUGUCACUGAGCACACACCUGAGCCUGUGGGCGGGGCAGAAGGUGAAGCCAAGCAGGGGGCGGAGUCAGAUGGAGCAACGAUACCAACUGAAACCCAAGAUCCCCCCGAGGAACACGAGAACAAAAAAGAAGCGGUGCCAGAACCCGGAGAGCAUCCAGAGGCGCUGGAGGAGGCGCCUGCUGACGAGCUCGAUCAGGACUUCAUGGAGAACAUGGAGGACUUUGUGACGCUGGACGAAGUCGCAGAAGACGAGGACGAGGAGCUCAGGGACUCGGACACCACCGACAACACAAGGGGGGGGGGGAUGAGGGUCGUGAACAUCUGGGGUUUCAGACGAGGGUUCAACUUCCUCAACGAGCUGCUGGCUCUCGCAAAACCUUUUGGCAAAGUGGUCAAACACCUGGUUCUGGACUUAAGACUCGAGGCCUACCUUCAGUUCGAGAUGGAAGAGGAAGCUCGAGCCAUGGCCAAGUUCUACAACAGUAACGUCACGGCCACGGUGUGCGGCCGACCCGUUAGGAUCAGUCACUCCAUGACCUACCCCACCAUCCAGUGUGGCUCCAGCCGGGUGGUGUACAUCGGUCAGAUCCCCAGCGGCAAGUACAACGACGAGGCCGUCCUGAAACUGGCCGAGCCGUUCGGGGUCGUCAGGAAGUAUUUUCUCAACAGGAUCAAGAGAGAGUGUUUCGUUGAGAUGGAAAACGCAGAGGACGCAGAGAAGAUGGCAGAAGAUUGCAAAGUCAAUCCCCCAAAGCUCCAAGGGAAGCGUCUGACGGUUUACGUCAGCAGGAAGUACAGGCAGCUCAAACACGGACAUCGAUGUCUGAGCACAACCAAGAGAGACAACAGCAGUUUGACCACAACGUCCUCCAAACAUCCUGAAGAGCCUCCAACCAAGAAAGCCAGGGAGGAGGAGAAGCCAGAGGAUGGAGAGAAAUGGGAGGAGGAAGAAGAGGAGAAGGUGGAGGGGGAGGAGAAGGAGGUGAAGCAGGAUGAGAUGCAGAGCAGUGACGAGACGAAUCCUGAUGUUUCUGAUCAGAAACUCAAGAGUGAGGAAGACGACGUCCAACAGGAUGAGCAGGUGGACCAGACGGAGACGAGGCAGGACAGACACACUGAGCCCCCCCCACCUGCUGAAAACAAACCCAGCGUGGCGUCUCUGCCGCUACCCCCCCAUGACCCCGACACCCCCAUCGGUGUUGAACACGUGAAGACAGGUUUCUACUGUCGAGUCUGUUUCCUGUUCUACUCCAACGAGGACAUGGCGAAGAAGACGCACUGCAGCAGCCCGGCGCACUACGACAAGCUGCAGAAAUAUCUGGAGAAGGAACAAACCAAAACAGAGAAGAAGAGGGCGAGGAAGACGUCGUCAUGAAGCCAGGAGGUUCCUCAUCAGGGAGGAGCAGGAACUUAACUUUUUAGUUUGGUGUCGAUGAGGAGACGCUUGUCAUUGAGGAGCUCAUCCAAUCAGGUGUUCAGCUGGAAGAGGUGGAGGAGGAGCCUGACGUGAUGAGCUGCUGCUCUUCAGAUCCUUCAUCCAGCUGGUUUAAAACAUCUGUUUGAAUCAGAUCCUCAUUCUUUACAGUUUUAACCACCCAGCUUUUACAGUGCACAAGCACUUAGCAUAAAGAAUGGUGAGGGGGGGGGGGCUGUAAGCAUUGCUCCCAAACUUUCUGUAUUCAGAUAAAAUGAUUCACCGGAACUACUUUACUAACGUGUGGAUGAGUACGCUGCUGUACUUGAUCAGGAAAUAGAUCCAAGUCAGUUUCACUAUCAACGCAAAAACACAUUCAAUGUUUGACAACAGGUGUCUGCAGCAGGCCUGAGAUUCAUUCAAUACUUUUCAAAACCUCUUUCAAGACCCAGCUGAACUAGGAGCUGUAACCGGUCACAUCACCGACACUCUGGAGUUUGAGAUUUUAAAAUUAAAUGAAGUUUGCCAUUAAAUGAACUUCUAUGUAGCACUGUAUCAACACAACAGAAUUCAGACCGGCCGGGACCAAUAGAGGGCGCCAAACACAUAUCAAACACUCAAUACAAAAAAUCAAUGAUAAACUAAAGCAGAGGGAUUUUUGGUGGAAAACAAUAUUACUUUUAAUACCUGCUCCAUGAGCAUCAAAAAAGGACCCCCCCCCUCCCUGCUUUCCACACAGUUUACAGGGAAACAGACAUUCACAAAGUUCUAUUCUUGUUAUUAAUAAACCCACUGCCAAAUCGGGCACUUUGUUGUUGCAGUCACAAAAUUAUAAAAUGAGUUACAAACAUUUAACAUCUGAACUCACCUAGCAAAAGUGGAAGAUGAUAAACAAGUGGGGUAGGAUCAGACUCGGUUGUGGCUUCCCCAGGAGGAUGAGCAUGCUCCAACACAGACUGGUCACCUGGAGGCUCCCACAGUUAAACCUCAACAGGAAGUUGAUGCUAAGCUAGCGGCUAAGCUAACUGCAGCUGGUCGAUGAUCAGAACCUUAACUCCCCCUCCCCUCCUCCUCCACUCACAUCAGCUGUCGGAAGAGAGGAGAGUGAGUGGUACAGAGCAGUAGAUUCAGACUCAGCCCAGAGUCUGGUUCAGAUCAGGUUGAUUAUCUGGUGUGUUGAAGGAAUAUUGAUCAGAUCUGGUCCAGGUCCAGGUCUUGGUCUUGGUCUUCUUCUCUACAUGAGACCAUUUGUCUGAAAAAAAAUCUAAGUUUUCCCUCAAUCAAGUUGUUGUUCUGUCACUUGAUUAGUUUGUUGAUUGAUUUGCUCGUUGAUGGAUUGGAGGGGACACACAGACACAGUGAACCUGAUUCUUCAUUAUUACUGUACGAGUGUAUCCAAGUGUUUCUGUGUUUGAACGUCUCUUCAGGAGGAAAGACCAGGUCUGUGUCUGAGGACCUGAGUGAAAACACUGCAUCCAUUUCCUCCUAAUGGACCCAGAGCAGCAGCUAGCAUUAGCCCGGGUACCCAACUCUAUCCUCCCCUGGGAACCAGAACCAUUAGAUCAAGGUUCCCCCAUCACUCACACCCACACACUAACACACACAAACAGUCUCACACACACUCACACCCAUACCCACUCACGCCGACACAGACACUCAAAGACUCACACACAAACGCAAACACACUCACACAGACACACACAACAAUCACAUUUGUGUAGUUGGUGUAAAAGCACAGAAAGUGUGUAAGGGAUUUAUUGUUAAGGUGCAUCUGAUAAAACCGCUCAGACCUUGUGUGUCAGCAGCAGAGACCCCACGUUCUCCUUCAUCAAACAUUCAUAUUUACAAUACGUUCAAGAUUGUAAACAUUCUGCAGCUGUUUGUGUCUGAAAGACGGGAUUCAGUUUGAUGACCUGACAACUGAUCACCAAGAAGAAUAAAGUGUUCAACUUCA